UCCGUUGUUCAGGAAAAUAGUUCCGUGUGAAUUGUGUUUCACAUUAAUAGUUCCGUUGUGACUGUUUACGACACAGUCGCGUUAUGACACUUUUAGAAAAAUUCUAGAAAUGAUGCCGCUUACAUGGUUUCCAUCCUCAAAAGUGAAGAGUUGAUUUUAUCUCCCACUGACUGAUGUCCUGUCGUGUUUGACCCAAACAUGGACCAACAAGAGCCUGGAUGUGAUGCAGAACAACACGAGCAUGUGGAAAACAACGUAGCAGAUACACCAGAAGCUUUGUCUCAGUCGAAAGGGACGGAUAUGGCUAGAAGCAAGAAAAGUGUAACCAAAAAAUUGAAAGCAACAACAAAAAAGGGGGAAAAAUGUACUACCAUUAGCCAAGAAAAGCCUUUAUCUAAAGUGGGACAUGUUGCAGAGGGCACCGAACACAUGUUUCGCACCCACAUCUGUUCUGAAUGCAGACGCUGCUUCAAGACACGCUCCCAUUUGAUAGAACACAGGCGCAUUCACUUUCCCGACCCCAGUCUGCAAUGUCCAACCUGCAAACACUACUUCACCAGCAAGAGUAAGCUACGCAUCCACAUGCUAAGAGAGACGGGACAGAAACUGCACCGCUGUCAUCUAUGUGAGUAUGGAGCGGUGGAACGUAACUCUCUGCGACGACACCUUACCAGCGUGCAUGGGCAUCAAGAUGAUGAUGCUCUCAAUCGAGAGCUGUUUAAGUGCCCAACUUGCCACAAGACUUUCAGUCAGAGUCAGGCAUUAAAGAGCCAUAUGAAGUCUCACAAUAAGACACGAAAUGGACAGCCUUUGCUGUGCUUCCAUAAAGGCUGCUCAUUUCAGUGUACAGAAAAGAAGCAGCUUCAAAAGCAUGUGUUAGAUGCUCACCAAGUUGAGGCCGUAGAAUGCCGUCAUCACACCUGCGGCGCCUUCUUCGGGAGCCUAGAAGACAUGGAGAAACAUUUCCGCACACAUCUGGCUUAUCACUGCCCCCAUUGCGACUUCUCAUGCUCAAAUAAGAGCCUUUUUCAGCAGCACAAAAGACAAGGACAUCCAGGGAAUCAAGAACUGAACUGUAGCUUCUGUCCUUUCUCAACCCUCAACCCUGUAGAGUUCGAUCAACAUGUUGGUCACUUUCAUGCCAGUGAGAAAACACACCACUGCUCGCAGUGCAGCUUUGUAACAGCUCACAAAAGAGUCCUGAAAAGACACAUGCUGAUGCAUACUGGUGAAAAGCCCCACAAAUGUACACUAUGUGACUUCAGAUGUCGUGACGAGACAUACCUUUCAAAGCACAUGCUGACUCACUCUAAUGACAAACAGCACAUGUGCUCAGAAUGUGGAUAUGUUACAAAAUGGAAACACUACCUUAGUGUCCACAUGCGUAAACACGCAGGAGAUCUAAGGUACAAAUGUAAUCAGUGUACAUAUCGUUGCCAUCGCAUCGACCAGCUGAACAGCCAUAAACUCCGUCACCAGGAAAAAUCCUUGAUCUGUGAGGUGUGUGCAUACUCCUGCAAGAGAAAGACUGAACUGCGCAGCCAUAUGCAGCUCAAGCACUCCACAAAUGCAGAUCCACAACCUCCUGUUUACCAGUGCAAGUUUUGCCCUUACACAACAAAGUACCGGCAAGCCCUGCAUAGCCACGAGAACUGCAGGCACACCCGGACACGCAUGUUCCGCUGUGCUCUCUGCCGCUACACCACAUUUAGCAACACCAGCCUCUUCCUGCACAAAAAGAAAUCCCAUGGAUAUGUUCCUGGAGAUGUGGGAUGGCUUGAGAAAUAUGCAGAGAAAGAAAAAGAGCAAAGCUCUGCGGAUUUGACUCACAACUUUUUCUCCAAAACCACAGUACCUCAGACUUCAAAUUCGGAAUAUAGGGAAGAAACGGUUAAUACAAAGGAGUCUAAUAAGACCAUAGAUGGUUCAAAAGCCAUGUCUGUAAGUGAUAAUGAGAAUGAAGCAAUAGCAGCUUCUAUUGGAGGACCUGAGGAAAUGACAUUGGUACAGCAGGCCAGUCUUGAUAUUGAGGCUGCGAGAGAAGAGGCAAGUAAUCCAACUGAUGAAGAACAGUGUGGCUCCCCACUUUUUGCUUCCCAAACCAGUCAGAGUAGCACACAAAUGGUACUUGCUGAGACGGUAAAUAUACAUGACACAGCAUUUGAUUUUGAAUCUCACACAUUGCAUACAGUCCACCAGAACUUCCCACAACCAUCAGCUGAUGAUGAUGAUGACAAUGAAGCUUACUGUGAAGAUCAAAGUGACUCUGAAGACCUGCCACUGGUGACAGAAACUGGAAGGAGCACGGAGGGUCUCUAUCAGGAGAAAUGUGUAGAGGCCUCAGCUUCUGAGACUCGUUUGCAAGUAAUGAGAAAACAGGAUAAAGACCAGGCUGAAGCCCUUGUACUAGAGGGCAGGGUGCAGAUGCUUGUCGUCCAGACACGGGGCAAUAUGUAUCAGUGUAGCCGCUGCUUCUAUGUGACCAAAAAGCAGGCAGCAUUAAUCCGGCACUGCAAGUCGUCCUGCCAGGUCAUGAAGGCAGGACUACGCUGCCAGGACUGCGGCUUGCAGUUUAAACAGCAACGUUCUUUGAACACCCACCUCCGGAAGUGCCGGUCAUUGCAGAGGCGCAGAAAGAAGUUUGAUUUUGCUAGCACUGUAGGUACAUCAGGGAGUUGUGUAGGUAGUUCAGGGGGUGAUGUGUCUAUACAGGAACAAAGUGAAUCUCUUAAAUCAGGAUCUCUCACAAUGCAUCCUGAACUUGUUGCUGUCACUGAUUCUACAAAUUCAAGAGUACAAGGUUCAGCUGAACCUGAAGGCUCACUGUCUCCCAUAAUAACUGCUGUAGUAAAUGAGACUGAUUCACUGACAAGCACAACCAAAGGAGGGCAGGCAACUGUCGAGAGUAGAAACAAGCUAGCAGAAGAGGAGGAGGUGGUAAAUGAUGAGAUCUCUGGAUAUACUGAAGAUGAUGAUAGGUAUACUUGCAGAAAAUGUCCUUUCUCAUCUGUUAGGAAAGUCACAAUAGAUCGCCAUUGUGCAACAUGCAGCGGAAGCACCCAUAAGGUACAUCUGGCUGAAACAGGAGAGCAGUUUGAGCAAGAGGAUAAUCCUAGUGACUCAGACCAUGAUCAGGAGGAAGAUGAGGCAAAUGACUCAGAAAGAGAUUCAGGAGAAGAAGAGAGACCUCAAGACUCCAAACCUCGAUUCUCAUGUCCUAACUGUCCUUUUCUCUGCCACCAAAAAAGAGCUCUAACAAGCCAUCAGAUAAAGGGUUGUUUAAAACCAGGUGAAAUACAGUGUCCACAGUGUUCAUUUGUUGCCAAAUCGGUAAAAUCUCUCAACCAUCAUAUCCUAGGUCACAAGAAAGACAAGAAGGUUACUAGAGGUAAAAUAUCCGGAAACCUGCAGUGCAAUCUUUGCUCCUUCACCUGCAAGCGGCGUUGCCUGACACAGCAUGUUGCUGUGAAGCACGAGGGAGUCCGUCCUCACCAAUGCCGCUUCUGCUCAUUUAGCACAAUCCGUCGGUACCGCUUGGAGGCCCAUGAGUCCAUGCACACAGGUGUUGGGAGGCAUAGCUGUGAACUCUGUGGCCAAACUUUCGGCACCACGUCCAGACUACGAUUGCACCAUCAACGCAUACAUGACAAACAGGCAACACACUUCUGCUCACUUUGUGAUUACAGAGCUUAUAACCUCAACGACAUCAACCGCCACAACUUGAGCUGCCACACUGGUGAUCUUAGCUACCAUUGCAGCCAAUGCAAUGCACGUUUCAGCUCUGAAGUUGCCCUGAGGCAGCACUCCAACCGAGCACAUCCAGAUGCGAACAGCUCGUCUUGCACCCAGUGUAGCUUCACCUGCAGCUGCCAAGCUGCUCUUAAAGCGCAUAUGCAGCAUGAACAUUCAGAAAUCAAGACAAAAGAUCCCCGAAAUGGUACAGAAAAACAAAGCAAGAUAUCCAUCACCCAUCAAUGCUUGGUUUGUUCCUUCAGAACCCAUAAAAGACUCCUGCUGGUCCAGCACAUGUUAGAUGAGCAUGAAGAUGGACCAGCGGAGGAGAAAACUCUGAAGUGUGAUGUCUGUGGUUUCUCUUGCACCCACCAAGUGGUGUUUGACCAACAUGUGCGGUCACAUGGAGGAACCUGCCUCUUUAAGUGCACUGAAUGUGAGUUUUCCACCAGGAACAAACAGAAGAUCACUUGGCACAUUCGAAUCCAUACAGGAGAGAAACCUUACCGGUGUGAGAAGUGCAGUUAUGCAUGUGCUGAUCCUUCAAGACUGAAGUAUCAUAUGAGGAUUCACAUGGAGGAACGCAAGUAUCUCUGCCCAGAAUGUGGCUACAAAUGCAAAUGGGUCAACCAGUUGAAGUAUCACAUGACAAAACAUACAGGCGCUAAACCGUAUGCCUGUGAGGCCUGUGAGUACCGCACAAACCGUGCCGACGCACUGCGGAUCCACCGGGAGACACGCCACAGAGACGUGCGUUCCUUUAUAUGUGAGAAAUGUGGAAAGGCUUUCAAGACGCGCUUCCUCCUCAAAACACACCAGAGAAAGCACAGCGAGGAGCGACCUUAUGUGUGCUCCAUAUGCCAAAGGGCGUUCCGCUGGCCUGCGGGUCUCCGCCAUCAUUACUUGUCCCACACCAAUCAGCUGCCAUUUUAUUGCCUCCACUGUACAUAUCGAGCCAAACAGAAAUUUCAGGUUGUGAAGCACCUUCAGAGACAUCACCCAGACUUGCCUGUCCAAGAUGGUGUGGGUAAAGGCCAAGAGGCUUCUAGUAUGGGUACACAAAAGACCUGGAUUAGGGAAGAGGAAGAAAGACAAGAAAAUGGGGGGGACAUGUAGCUGUGUU